AUGCCUCACAGCCAUCUAUAUUUGAACUUUGAAAAUGCUGACUCUGUCAAGAUAUGUUGUACCAUACAUUUAACUACGCUAAGUACAUCACUUCACCACUGCCAUCAGAAACCCGUCGUAGCUCUUCUCACUCAGAGUCUGCAAAACAACAGCAUCAACCCGGUCGUCCUUGCCUACAUUCUCGACCGUCCUGCGAGAUCCCCGCACAUUGAUAUCAUUCUUGAUAUAGUCUUCCUGCACGAGCUUUCCAGCUCGCACCACAUUAUCCACGAUAAUACUGGCCCUUGGGCGACUCAUCUUCACAGCAUAGUCAAAGUAAUCCCACCCGUUAUCUUUAUUGGCGUCAAUGAAGGUGAAACCAAAACGUUCCUGCUCUCCACUUUCCACCUUUGCUUGAAGAAUUGGAAGCAGGUCAAUGGCUGCGCCGACCAGAACUUCAAUUCUGUCCUGAUACCCUGCUGCAGCAAUAUUCUCUUUCGCAACUUCUGCGCUUUUCGGAUCUAUUUCAAUGCUGACAAUCCGAAUGUCCGGAUUGAGACUCGCGAUGUAGAUUGCCGUGUAGCCACCCAAUGUACCCACUUCCAAGGCGUGCUUCACACCACCAAGCUGGCACUGAAGGGCCAUGAACUUUGCUUGCGUGGGAAAGGCGGAGAUGUCCUCGAGUCCGCGCUUGGCGGAGUUCGCGAGCGUCUGGUGUAA